CAUGGGCUGCUCCUACAUGGCUUCUUCCAGCGGUUCUCUUUAGACCACCUUCUUGGCGAGGCACCACUCGGAACAGCCACUCCUGAGGAUACCCUUGGAGGAGGAGGAGGAUGAAGAAAGCUCUGAUUCUGAGGGCUCUCGCUCUGGCCGCCGUGAUGAGCCCCUGUGGAGGUGAAGACAUCGUGGCUGACCACGUGGGCACUUAUGGCACAAAUGUCUACCAGACGUACAGCGCCUCUGGCCAGUUCACAUUUGAAUUUGAUGGAGAUGAGCUCUUCUACGUGGACCUGGGAAAAAAGGAAACUGUCUGGAGGCUGCCUGAGUUUAACAAUAUUACCAUGUUUGAAAUUCAGAGUGCCCUGAGAAACAUUAUUAUGUCAAAAAGAAAUUUGGACAUCUUGAUAAAAAAUUCCAACUUUACACCUGCCACCAACGAAAUCCCUGAAGUGGCUGUGUUUCCCAAAUCCUCCGUGGUCCUGGGGAUUCCCAAUACCCUCAUCUGUCAAGUGGACAACAUAUUUCCUCCUGUGAUCAACAUCACUUGGUUUUACAAUGGACACUUUGUUGCAGAAGGUAUCGCUGAGACCACCUUCUACCCCAAGAGUGACCACUCCUUCCUCAAGUUCAGUUAUCUCACCUUUCUUCCCUCCGGUGAUGACUUCUAUGACUGCAGAGUGGAGCAUUGGGGCCUGGAAGAGCCCCUCAUCAAGCACUGGGAGCCCAAGAUUCCGACCCCUACAUCAGAGCUGACAGAGACUGUGGUCUGUGCCCUGGGGCUGGCCAUGGGCCUCGUGGGCAUCGUGGCAGGCACUGUCCUCAUCCUCCGAGUCCGGUGCUUGGGUGCUGCCUCCAGACGUCGAAGGGCCAUGUGAGUCAUGGCCUGAAAGAUGGGAAGGAGAGCAAAGUCUUCAUUUCUGUUCUCGCUGCAACAGCAGGGGCACAGAGCCCAUCAGCCUCAUGCUGUUUGCUGUUUUAGGUGAUCAGUCUUUACAAGAAAAAAAAGGCAUGGUUCAGACUCCAGUUCCCCGUCUUGACCUUGACUGAGACGUGCUCCUUGUUCCACUUCAUCACAGAGCUCUUUCCAUGCCCUCCUGCCCUCCCUGCUGGGGUGGACUUUAUGGAGCAAUCUUCCUUCGAAGGUCACUGACCCUUAGGAAUUCUCCCAACUUAGUCUUUGGUUCAUUGCCUGCCUGUCAGAGAGAGACCUGGAUUGUUCCAGCCAGCCUUCUAGUUCUCGGUCACCCUAACCCAGCAUCUGUUCCGAACAGAUAAAUAAAUCUUGCACCAAGAGAUUGUCUUACUAAGUGAAGUAAGUCAGAAAGAGAAAGACAAAUACCAAGUGAUAUCACUUAUGUGUGGAAUCUAAAAUAUGA